AUCAAAUUAUUGAAUUAUUUAAUCUGUUUGUGGUUAGUCUUACAAAACGACCGAAUUUCUUCCAACCCGCGCGCGGCAUGGAACCGAUCAAACAACGUGCCCUCCCACCCUCUUCCUGCCAGCAACACCCGGAGCAUCCGCUGGACCUGUUCUGCGUGACCUGCGACGCGCAAAUCUGUGCCGAAUGCCUCACGGGGUCGCCGACGCACCGCCGCCACAUGAUCGACAGCUUGCGCGUCAUCCAGGACGAAUCCACGCAACGGAUGGAGUCGGUCGCCGGAACGUUCCGGGCGCUGGCCCUGGCCAACGACGAAAACUCCCGGAUGCUGCAGUCGGUGCGGUCCUUUGAGUCGGACCUGCUGGGACAAAUUGGCCGCCUGGUGCUGAACGCCCAGGAGUACGUGGCCGGUAUCCACCAGAAGGUGGCCCAGCAGGAAGUGAGCUGGAAGAGCUAUCUGGAGAAGCAUGCGGCGGAGAUGGUGCCGGGGGGUUCGGCGGAGGGUGGUGGACCGCCCAGUUUGGCGGUGGUCAAGAAGGAGGAUUGUCCGAGCGAGAAGCAGCGCCCGAUUAUUCCCGUGAUCGACAUGCGGCAAAGUGCUGUUAACCUGAAGAGCGACGCCCCCUGCAACGUGGUCAUCAGCUACGAGUACGGCAUCACCUGGAACAUGCAGUUCACGCCGCAACAAGACUCGCACUGCGAACUCACCAUCAGUUGUCGCACCGCCGAAGAGUGUCCCCAGUUCGAGGGAAACUUCCAGCUCCGGUUGGACGUAAUCCGCCCAGAAGAUCAGUCCGUGUUCACCAUCCGUAAAUCGCUGAAAGGUCUAACCAUGCGUCGCUUCUUCGUGAUCCCCACCCCGACCAUGAUCGACACAACGGAACUCGAAAACAAAGGAUUCCUCUCGAAGGAAGGCAAAAUGACCGUCCGCGUCGGAAUCGGCCCGGAAGACGCCCAAACCGAACGCCACUGUCUCCUAACCGAACAGAAGCUCCUCCAGCAACGAAUCGACACCCUCCAAGAGCAGCUCAAACGGUCCAACUUCACCAUCGGAACGCUCUCCGUCGCGGACUAUUUCGCCGAAACCGACGGCCAGUUCCACUCGAAGCCGGUUCUCACGCCAAACGGGAGCCGCUGGACGCUCCGCCUGAAGCUGAACCAAGGCGGCAACAACUCGAACCGAACGCACGUCGGCGUCCAGAUCGUCAAGUGUGGCCCGAACUCGACCAAGCACGAGUUUUUCGUCGAGCUGGUGCAUGGAACGCGCGCGGGGAUCUCGCUUCGGCUGGCCGGUUCCGGGCUGGUGGACGCCGUCGAGGAGCCGCGGUUCAUCGAGAAGAAGCGACUGGAAGAGGAGUUUCUGGUGGACGGGAAGCGGCUGGAGAUGGGAUUUGGCGUGCGCGAGUGGGUUGAUGACUAGGGAGGCGGGGUAAGUGUUGUGGCGUAACGGAGAGCUGAAUUUCAUAAAAUUUAUUGGGAGUUGGUGUUUUUGGUUUGACUGCAUUUCAUCCAUGUGUGGCUUAAGAUGAUAUCUUUAAAGGACUCGUAAAAUUAGAUACGAGAUAACAAAUAAAA